AUGAACCCUAUUUCAGGCGCAACCAUCAUUUGUAUCUUAGCUCGUAUCUCAGGUGGAUUGGUAAUGGAUCGAGAUGGAGAUAUUGCUGGAAUGACUUUUGAUUGUGCCAGCCCAAAAACUGCCGUGCUUCCUAGCUUCAUUAUCAAGAAAUUGAUUGAAAUGGAAAGCAACUUCAGUUUUAUUCUAUAUCCUGUACAUGGUUUGUCUUUAAGAGCAGUGCAGUUUUUGGAUAUGUCAAGGAGGGAAGAAAUCUUAUAUAAACACAACAUCGAUAGUGGUUACCUCAUCGAUAAGGUAAAAAUGAACUCCACUGCAGAAAUCAUUGGGAUUAGGCGUGGGGAUGUGAUUGUUUCAGUUAACGGGAUGUGCUCUCAGAAUAUGCUAGACUUGGAAGAGUAUUUUCUUUCUCUUGGCUGGAAGUUUCUGGAGAAGAAAAUUGAAUCAUCCAAGAUUGUUCUGAAGUUAAAGGUUUAUGACCCCCUUAACUGCCAGGAGAACACUCUACGCCUGCCUCUGGGAUUUUCUUGCCUUACAGCAGAAGUAUGUGCUCUUUGA